AUGGGCACUCCAGGUCUGAAGACUACUCCCAAGAAGAGCCAGACUGCGGCUCAUGACCACCGCACUCCUUCCAAGGUGAUGAAAGCUCAGAGGACCCCCAAGGUCAACAAGCUCAAGACACCUGGUUCCACUCCCAGAGAGACUGCUUACACUCAUAACCUCCCCACUGGCGAGCAGAAGAAGGGCAAUGGCCGUGUCACUGGACGCAGCCUCAUCAUGUGGAACCGUCCUCGCAUGACUGAGAAGCUUCUUCUCCACAUUCACUACGAAUGUGUUCGUCACAAGGUCAACAUUCCUUGGGAUGCCAUUUCUCAUCGCCUUCGCCCCGGCUCUUCUGGUCAGGCAAUUCUGCAGCAUGUCAACCGCCUUCGCAAGGAACUCCUCGCUGAAGGCCACAUGGUGCCUCCCCCUGCCCACAAGAACUCUCCAUCUACUCCCUAUGAUCCCACCGUCAGAGGCUACGUCCGUGACCCUACUAGCGAUGACAAGCAUGCCACUCGCUCAGUUGGUUUCGACGAGAAGCUGGAUGAUGCCAAGAUCAACCUUCCCGAUGCCUUUGACGCUAUGGACGAAGGUGAAGACGAGUUCUCCCCUGAAGCCUAUGGCGACGUGCUCUGCACUCCUGAGGCCGAUGCCGAUGUCAUUGUCCUUGAGGACGAUAUCCCACUCCCAGUCACGCCGACUCCCGUCCGUCACGCAGCGCCUCGCCCCCCUGUGUCUGCUUCUGCCACUCAGUACAACCUGAAGGCCCAGAGCAUUCAGCAAGACAACGUCGCUGCUACUCAACAGCUUGACCUCUUUGACAACAACCUAUUCGCUGACAUCACCCCUCCCAACUUUGUGCUCAACAGCACUGAGGGACUUCAGCCUAUGGGUGUCCAGAACCCUAUCGCUUUUACCAAUGAAGCUCAGCUUUUGAUGGGCGGAGCCAACUUGUUUGACCCUUUUACCACCCAGCCUCUCAUCAAGCCCAGCCAUGAGCAGAUUAGCCCCUGCGGUCAAUCACCUCUUGGCAAUGUCUCUCAGCCCUUCUUCAUGGGAAACCCAUUUAACCUUCAAUCCGGUGGCUACUACACCAACUUGGCUCAGCCUAACUUCAUGGCCCAGCCUAGCCUCAUGGCUCAGCCUAACCUCAUGGCCCAACCUCCUUUUGGCUUCGCCAUGCCGCCCACUCCUCCUGCUCUUUUCAACCCUGAGGAGAAGGAAGAACCCCAGAGCUCCCCAGCUGCCAACGAACACAGAGGCAUCUCCGUCUCGCCUGUGUCGUCCCCAGUUGCAGCCCAGCUGCCUACAUUCCAGCCAGAGACACUCCAGCCGGAGAUUGAGAGCCCAGAGCAGCAGCUCGGCGAGGCCACUCCUGCACUCCCAUUUUCCGACGACUUUGUCGGCCACCAGUUGUUGCUUGAGUUCCUCGCCAACUCGGAGUAA